AGUUUCAAGAAGCACGGGAAGCUUCUAAAAAUUUCAUUCUAAUGGUUCAUAUCCGUAUAUCAUCUUGUCCCGCCCUCUUUCUCUCCUGCUCCUCUUUAAUCGGAACAAUUUCUUCGCUUUGAUCGUAACAAUGGCUACUAGAAGAGUUUCCAAGCUCACCUCAUCGGCUUUAGCAACUGCUAAAGCGUACAGGAUUUCUUGUUCUCCCUCGGUUUCCUCUCGUUGGCCUGCGUCUUGGCGUUGUUCAUCUUCUCUCGUCGGUAACUCCUUUGCUCCCUUUUCUGUGCACAAUUUUUUCUGCUCCAGACAAGUUAAUGGUGGUGCCAUGGCGUCGGCCAAGUAUUUGGCUACGAUUUUCACUCGAAAUUUCCACUCUACGCCUCCUUCUAAUUACUCUGCUACAGCUUCCUCUCAGAUAAAUCCGACAGAUUUCACUGAGAUGGCAUGGGAAGGCAUAGUUGGUGCAGUUGAUACUGCACGGAUGAAUAAGCAACAAGUUGUGGAGAGUGAGCAUUUAAUGAAAGCUCUUCUUGAACAGAAGGAUGGUUUGGCAAGAAGAAUAUUUUCGAAGGCCGGACUCGACAAUUCGUCAGUUUUGCAGGCUACAGUUGAUUUUAUAUCUCAACAACCAAAGGUAAUGGGCGAAACUAGUGGUCCAAUAAUAGGCACACAUCUUGGUUUGAUCCUUGACAAUGCUCGAAAAUAUAAAAAAGAAAUGGGAGACGAUUUUCUAUCUGUGGAACAUUUUGUGUUAGCCUUCCAUUCAGAUAAGAGAUUUGGGCAGCAACUGUUUAAGAAUUUGCAACUAAGUGAAAAAGAUUUGAAGGAUGCUGUUCAGGCUGUUCGUGGAAAUCAGAGGGUGACCGAUCAAAAUCCUGAAGGAAAAUUUGAGGCUCUUGACAAGUAUGGGACUGACUUAACUGAAUUUGCUAGACGCGGUAAGCUCGAUCCCGUUAUAGGUAGAGAUGAUGAAAUACGACGAUGCAUUCAAAUUCUAUCAAGGAGAACAAAAAACAAUCCCGUGAUCAUUGGUGAGCCCGGUGUUGGAAAAACUGCGAUCGCUGAAGGAUUAGCUCAACGAAUUGUGCGCGGUGAUGUUCCAGAACCAUUGUUGAAUAGAAAGUUGAUAUCUCUGGACAUGGGUUCACUGGUUGCUGGUGCGAAAUACCGUGGGGAUUUCGAGGAAAGAUUGAAGGCUGUGCUAAAGGAAGUCACUGCUUCAAAUGGGCAAAUUAUCUUGUUCAUAGAUGAGAUUCAUACAGUUGUUGGUGCAGGAGCUACUGGUGGUGCAAUGGAUGCUGGCAACCUCUUGAAACCGAUGCUUGGUCGCGGCGAACUACGAUGCAUCGGUGCAACUACAUUGAAGGAGUAUAGAAAAUACAUUGAGAAAGAUGCUGCGCUUGAACGUAGAUUUCAACAAGUGUUUUGUGGCCAACCAUCUGUUGAAGAUACGAUCUCUAUUCUUCGAGGGUUACGUGAGCGAUAUGAGCUACAUCAUGGUGUAAAGAUAUCUGAUAGUGCACUUGUUUCAGCAGCAGUUCUAGCAGACAGAUACAUCACUGAACGGUUUUUGCCUGACAAAGCCAUUGAUCUUGUUGAUGAAGCUGCUGCAAAGUUGAAGAUGGAGAUUACUUCUAAGCCUACCGAGUUGGACGAGAUUGAUAGAGCGGUCUUGAAGUUGGAGAUGGAGAAGCUCUCCUUAAAAAACGACACGGAUAAAGCCAGCAAAGAAAGGUUAAGCAAAUUAGAGCAAGAUCUGAGCUCACUUAAACAAAAGCAGAAAGAAUUGACUGAACAAUGGGAUCGAGAGAAGUCUUUCAUGACUCGUAUACGAUCGAUCAAGGAAGAGAUUGAUAGAGUUAACCUUGAGAUGGAAGCAGCUGAAAGAGAAUUUGAUUUGAAUCGUGCUGCUGAGCUCAAGUAUGGAACUCUAAUAUCCCUUAACCGCCAAUUAGAAGAGGCUGAAAACAAUCUUCAAGACUUUCGAAAGUCCGGAAUUUCUUUGCUUCGUGAGGAGGUCACAGAUCUUGAUAUUGCAGAGAUUGUAAGCAAAUGGACUGGCAUACCAUUGGCCAACCUCCAACAAUCCGAAAGAGAUAAACUGGUUUCACUUGAACAAGUCCUCCAUCAAAGGAUAGUUGGUCAAGAUAUUGCAGUAAAAUCAGUUGCAGAUGCCAUUCGACGUUCGAGAGCAGGACUCUCCGACCCCAACCGACCCAUAGCCAGCUUCAUGUUUAUGGGUCCGACUGGUGUCGGAAAAACCGAGCUUGCAAAAGCUUUGGCUGGAUAUCUUUUCAACACUGAAAAUGCUCUUGUUAGGAUUGAUAUGAGUGAAUACAUGGAGAAACAUGCAGUUUCUCGUUUGGUAGGGGCACCACCUGGCUACGUCGGGUACGAAGAAGGCGGUCAGUUGACUGAAGUUAUUCGCCGAAGACCCUACUCUGUGGUACUUUUUGAUGAGAUUGAAAAGGCACAUCAUGACGUCUUCAACAUUUUGCUUCAAUUGCUGGAUGAUGGAAGAAUAACUGAUUCUCAGGGCCGAACCGUUAGUUUCACGAACUGCGUCAUGAUAAUGACGUCGAAUAUUGGUUCUCACUACAUCCUUGAAACUCUUAGUAAUACAACAGAUAGUAAAGAUGCAGUCUAUGACUUGAUGAAAAAACAAGUUAUAGGAUUGGCAAGGCAAACUUUUCGACCUGAAUUUAUGAACCGUAUAGAUGAAUAUAUCGUCUUCCAGCCUUUGGAUGCCACCCAAAUAUGCAAGAUUGUUGAGAUACAGAUCGAACGGUUACGUGAUAGACUUAAACAGAAGAACAUUAAUCUCCAUUAUACCAAAGAAGCUCUUGAGCUUUUAGGGACGUUGGGAUUUGACCCCAAUUAUGGAGCAAGGCCAGUUAAGAGAGUAAUACAACAACUAGUAGAAAACGAGAUUGCAAUGCUAGUUUUGAGAGGCGACUUUCAAGAAGAUGACUCGAUCAUUCUCGACGUCGAUAGAUCGUCGUUUGCCAAGGACUUGCCUCCCCAAAAGAGACUGUGCAUCAAGAAGAUAGAUAGCGAUUCUAACUCGGAGGCUAUGGUUGCCCACGACUGAUUUCAGGUACAAACUAUGUAUGUAGGUGAUAGUUUGGUUUUUGUUGAUUUCUUUAUAUUAUAAGAAACUGUUUAGAAAUUGCAAUAAUGAUUUUGUGUGAAUGAAAAUAAUAUGUUUGGAGCUCAGAAUUUUGAAA